ACAACCAUGUCGGGGGAGAAGGAAGCUGCAGAGGCACUUGUUACAGAUUUACAAAGGAAAAUCACAGAAGCUUUUAAUGUUUUUGACCAUGAAAAUAACCAAACUGUGGAUGUCCGAGAGGUUGGGACAAUCAUAAGAUCUUUAGGAUGUUGUCCAACUGAAGGGGAACUCCAUGAUAUGCUGGCCGAGGUAGAGGAAGAAGAACCUACUGGCUAUAUCCGAUUUGAAAAGUUCCUACCAAUGAUGACAAAAGUAUUACUAGAAAGAAGAUAUCGACCAGUUACUGAGGAUGUUCUUCUUCGAGCAUUUGAGGUUUUAGAUGAAAGCAAAAAAGGAUACUUAACUAGAGAUGAGCUUGUCAAGUAUAUGUCUGAAGAAGGUGAACCUUUCACUCAAGAGGAAAUGGAAGAGAUGAUCUCCGCUGCCGUGGACCCAGAUAAGAGUAUAGUUCUUUACAAGGAUUACAUUUCAACAAUGGUAAUAGAAGAUUCAUGAAUGCGACAACCGAAGACUUCAGCUGAGACAAUAUGGAUGGUGCUAAUAAUAUUAAAUAUAGCAGAUACAUUUGAUAUAAUGGUACUCCUCUGAUGUUUAUUUUUGGUCUGUCUUCACGAGGAUCAUUAGGUUAUGAGAAAGCAUCUCUGCCUCUCACUCUGUGUUAACCAGCAGUAACUACUCUGUGUGAAAUUAAAUAAAUGUUGUAGCAGCAUCCAUCAAACAUUUGUACGAAGUAUAAAUAGAAAAUCUACUCAUCUUUAACUACAUUCCACUGUCAGUCUGGAUCUAUUUUUUA